AUGCAGACGCUUCGGGCGACUCCGCUACUCUCGCAACUUGGCGAGAGCGACGCUGAGCUCCAACAGCAUGCUAUCAAAGAGCUUUUACAGAUCGUUGAUGAUUGCUGGCCCGAGAUCGCGUCGCUGUUACCGCGAAUCGAGGAACUCUACGAGGAUCAGGGCUGGGACGAGGCCUCGCGCCAGCACUCAGCACUGCUCGCGGCAAAGGUAUUGUUUCAUCUGGGUGAGAUAGAUGAAGCGCUAAUGUAUGCUAUGAUGGCUGGAGACUUGUUUGUUGGGGACGAUUCGAGUGAGUUUUCGCGAGUGCUGCGUGCACGUUGUCUGGACAAGUACGUGGCGCGGCGACAGCUCGACGGUGAGUCUGAAAACGCCUCUACCACCACCACCACCACCACCACCACAGAGGCGUAUGCGGAAGAUUUGGCGCCUAACGUCCUGGAAGCAGUCGUUAACCAAAGCAUCUGGGCUUGCGUCGAUGCUGGUGAAUAUAAUGAAGCGCUGGGGAUCGCCCUGGAAGCGCUACGUCUCGACGCCGUCAGUGCCGUACUCGGGACUGCUGCUGCUGCUGCUGCUGCUGCUGCUGCUACUCAGAGCGCUGUUUCGAGUCUACUCGAAUACGCAAUCGUAUGCUGUCAGGAGCUCAUAUCGAAGCGCUGGCGCCGCGAAAAGAUUCUGAGACAUCUCGUGGAAUGGCAAAACUCUCAACCAGAGGAUCAAAGAGACGAGAUGAUUCUCUGUCGAUGCCUGAUGCUAUUGCGGGAUGCUAGCGGCGUGACGCAGAUUCUACAGCGACAGUUACGCGAGCGAAAAGAGUCUCUGGCGUAUCAGAUAGCAUUUGACCUCUGGGACCACGAUGAUCGGGCGCUUGUAGCACAGGUCCGGAACGACAUCGUGGCUGCCAUCGAGUCAAGAGAUGCAGUGGCUGCCGCUGAUCUCUCACGAACGAAUGAGCACGCGAUCCUUUUGAGCAUUCUGAAUGGCCGCAUGCCUUCAGAACUCUAUCUGGAUUUUAUGCGGCGUCGGAACUGCUUCGACAAGCGACUUUUGAAAUCGUUGCUGCAUCGGCUGGUAGCGCCACCAUCACUAGCGCAGUCCGCGAUCCUGUUCGCGUAUGGGCUUGGUUUUGCAGGCACAGCGGAUGACACGUUUCUCAGGGAGAAUGUCGAGUGGCUCAUGCGCACUGCAAACUGGACAAAGUUUUCCGCAACGGCGACGCUCGGCGUGGCGCACAUUCGCAAUGCCGAUCAAGCGUUCGCGCUGCUUGCUCCGUACCUGUCGUCGUCGCAUCAGGGGUCCAUGGGCAGCUCUGCGUACUCGGAGGGAGGCGCGCUCUAUGCGCUCGGACUCAUUGCCGCGAGUGGUGUUGAGGCGCACAAGGUCGCCGAGUUUCGACGUUACUUGUUGGAGGCACUGCGCAACGCUGGAACGAAUGAAGUAAUUCAGCACGGUGCGUGUUUAGCUCUCGGUUUGUGCGCGCUUGCUGACGGAGAACGUGAGACCAACAAUGUGAGUCCGUCAGAGAGCGAAUCUUUCCAGGAGCUGCGCAAUGUACUUUACAUGGAUUCGGCUUUGGCAGGUGAAGCGGCAGCCUUGGGCAUGGGUAUGGCACUCGUCGGUACCGGGGACGCGGGAGCGAUCGAACAGAUGCUCGAGUACGCUCGCGAGACGCAGCAUCAGAAAAUUAUCCGUGGCUUGGCAAUCGGUCUUGCCCUGGUGGUCUACGGCUGCGAGGAAGAGGCGGAACCCCUGAUCCACCAGAUGCUUGCCUCGGAGGACGGCACCAUCCGAUAUGGAGCCGUCUUUGCUAUUGGUCUAGCAUACUGCGGUUCCGGGAACAAUGCGGCAACGAAACGCCUAUUGCAUGCUGCAGUCAGCGACGUUAACGACGAUGUGCGUCGCGCAGCAGUCUUGAAUUUGGGUUUUAUCUUCGCUCGUGAUAGAGAUCAGCUGCCCCAGGUCGUCAGCUUGUUGGCUGAAUCCUACAACCCACACGUACGGUACGGAGCGGCGAUGGCGCUCGCCAUCGGAUGUGCAUGCUCUGGGAACCAGGACGCUGCAAAGAUUCUCCAAAAGCUGAGCAACGACACGGUUGAUUUCGUGAGACAGGGCGCACUCAUCGCACUGGCGAUGCUCUAUCAGCACCACAACCAAACUCGCAGCGCGGCGUCAGCUGCACUUCGAAAACGACUAGAUACCAUAGCGAAAGAUAAGCACGAGGAAAUUUUGACGAAGUUCGGCGCGGUGCUUGCGAUGGGCAUUAGCGAUUCAGGCGGACGCAAUGCCGAAAUAGCCCUGCUUUCCCGACUAACACAGAGUCUGAGGCCGACCGCAGUGGCGGGCAUGGCGCUUUUCAUGCAAUACUGGUACUGGUAUCCCAUGGUGCCAUUUCUGACCCUAUCGCUGCGUCCAGCGGCUUGUGUUUUUGUGAAUCAAGGCAUGCAACUGAUGCGCCUCAAACUCCAAGUUGAGGGAGAUGACGAGCGCCUCGCGCAAUUCACCUACGCGCCGAUGUUCGAAGAGGACGACAACAAAAUCGAGCGAAAACGGGAGAAAAUGGUGCUCUCGGUGACGGCCAAGGCCGAUCGCCUCAAGCGAAUCCAUCCAACAUCACAGCAGCGAAACGACCAGGAAAGCGAGCACGGAACGCGGAAACCCGCCAAAUCAAACGCCGCUGCACCGACGAGAGCCCCAGAACAGAUGGAUGUGAUUGCGAACGACGUCGUCGAGGAGCCAAAAAUGGUCACUGAGCAGACCGCCGGAGAUGCCUCUCGAGAUCACCACCCGGAGGCGAAAGCGCAUACGCCGAAAGCAACGAAUGCGCUGGCGCUUGCGGCCGUGUCGCUCCUGGAGAAUCCCGCGCGGGUGCUGACGGCUCACGAGGGCUGGGUGUCGCUCGACGGUGACGAUGCGCUUCGUUGGCGUCCUCUGCGACGCGGUGCUGGUAUUGUUCUCGUGGAACGAGAGCCAGUACGUGAUUCUGCAUACCCUGAUGCGCCCGACGGCGUUGUAGAACGCUUGCCGCCGCUCGCACCGCCCGUCGCACUGGCGAACGGUGCUCGUGGACGUGACGUAUCAGGAGGUAGCGGCGCUGAUGCUGGCGUCUCUGGCAUUCCCGAACAUCCUGUUUACGAUGAUGAGGAUCGGGAACCUGCAACACCUGAACCAUUUGAAUAUACAAGCAAUACGGCGUCCGCAGAACAAGGCAGUAACCAGAAGCAUCCUCCAUCGCCGCCGAAAUCUCCAUCGACACACAAGAAAAACGACGAUGACGACAAGGACGACGCUGCUGCAGUCUAG